AUGGUCGUCGACACCACAUAUUAUGACUUGUUAGGAGUCAGCACCGACGCAACAGCGAUCGAGAUCAAGAAAGCAUACCGUAAGAAGUCUAUUAAGGAGCACCCGGACAAGAAUCCCGAUGAUCCAGCAGCCACUGAACGAUUCCAGGCGAUUUCAGAGGCGUACCAGGUGUUGAGCAAGGAUGAGUUGCGUGCGAAGUACGAUAAGUUUGGUAAAGAAGAGGCGAUGCCUCAGGAUGGGUUUGAGGAUGCUGGCGAGCAGUUUGCAGCUAUAUUUGGUGGUGAAGCAUUUGUAUCGUACAUUGGUGAGUUGACGUUGCUCAAGAACAUCCAGAAGACGCAGGAGUUGAGUGAGGAGGAUGAGAAACAGAAGGAGAAGGAAAAGGAAAAUACUAAGCAAGAAGCGGAAUCUCAAGAGACUAGGCGAUUGGCCUCUGGUGAGUCAGAAGCUCAGGGAGCAGUAGAAUCAGAUGUUAAUGCAUCUGCCAAGACAGAUUCAAAAGCAGAUGCCAGCGCAUCAAAGAAGAAAGGAAAGCUCGAAGAAUUUGAAGAGCAGCAGAAGCGCGACAAGGAAAAGAGCAUAGAAGAGCUAAGCAAGAUCUUAUGUGAUAGGUUGUCUAUCCUCACGGAAAGCGAAUAUGAUGACGCUUGCAAGCAGUCGUUCGAUAAGAAAUUUGAGGAAGAAGCGAAUAUGCUCAAGAUGGAAUCCUUCGGCUUGGAUAUCUUGCACACAAUCGGCGACAUUUACUGCGAAAAGGCCAACAUUUUCUUGAAAUCUCAGUUCCUGUGGGGUAUCGGAGGCUUUUAUCACUCAGUUAAGGCCAAAGGUGAACUUGUUAUGGACACGGUGCGAACUGUGUCUGCUGCCUUGGACGCCCAAUCUACCAUGACCGAGUUGGAAAAGCUUAAAGAGACUGCCAAUUCGCAAGAACCCUUGACAGAUGCCAACGGGAAUACUGUCGAGAAACCCACAGUAGAGGAACUUGCACAGUUAGAGCAGCUCUUGAUGGGUAAGGUGCUAUCGGCAGCGUGGUACGGUUCCAAGUUCGAAAUCAUGUCGACGUUGCGCAGUGUCUGCGACAACGUUUUGGAAGACUCUAGCGUAGAUAUACAAACCCGGAUUAGAAGAGCUGAGUCCUUGAAAAGGCUCGGAAAGGUUUUCAGAAAGGCUUAUAGAACAAAAUCAGAGCAAGAGGAUGCCCAGGUAUUCGAGGAACUUGUCGCAGAGGCAAGCAAAAAGAGUCACAAGCACCAUCGCAACAGCACGUCAUAA